UUCGAACUUAUUCGAUAUACAUUAAGUAAAAGCAAGGCGCUCAAUUCAUCUUUUAUCGUUCACUCCUUUUGUUUAAAUAUAUUUAAAACAUGUCAAAAGGUAAUAACGACGAUAGAGCGGAACGUGACGGUUGCGCUCAUUAUGAAAGAAAAUGUGCACUUAUUUCACCCUGCUGCAAGAAACCUUAUGUAUGUCGUUUAUGCCACGAUGAAAAUGAAAAUCACGAACUAAAUAGAAAGGAAGUUGUGACUAUUAAAUGCCUUAAAUGCAGCGUUUAUCAGGAAGUUCAGUCCUCUUGCGAAGAUUGUGGCACUGAUUUUGCUACCUACUUUUGCAAAAUUUGUCGAAUGUUUGAUAGUAAAGAUGAUGGAAAAUUUCAUUGUAUAGGAUGUGGUAUUUGCAGAAAAGGUGGAAAAGAGAAUUACACUCAUUGCGACAACUGUGGUUAUUGCUUAAGCAAUAAAUCCUUUAAGGAGCACAAAUGUAUAAGUAAUGUUUCUUUGGAUAAUUGCACUGUUUGCUUGGAAUCGUUACACAAUUCAAUUAAACCAUUUAUCACACUGCGAUGCAGUCAUUUAAUACACGAACAUUGCGAAAGACAAAUGGCUGAAAAGGGAUUAUUUAGAUGUCCACUGUGCAAUGAAUCAAUGGCCGAUAUGACUUCGUUCUGGAAACAAUUAGAUAACGAAAUUGAACAGACAGAAAUGCCUGAGGAAUAUGUCAAUUUAGAAGUAUGGAUAAAUUGCGGGGAUUGUCAUAAAAAAUCAAAAACUAAAUUUCAUAUUGUCGGAUUAAAAUGUGCCGAAUGCGGUUCUUACAAUACCGUUGAGACAAGCGGUAGAGAAACUAGGGAAAACAAUGAAAAUCUUGAAGAAACGGAGGCUACUGAUGACUGAACAAAAUGCAAGCUAUAGGUGAUGAAGAAAAAUUAGCUAUAACUAAUAGAAGACAGGGAAGAACGUUCUAAAAAUAGUUGAAAUUUAUAAACAAUAGAAUAAGGUCUAAUAAUUACAAUAUACUAAUAUUUGAUAAAUAUCUUAUUUAUAUUGGCUUUAAUUGUAGUGGAUUAUAUUUAAAACAAAUAUUCUAAAUAAGAUUGUAAGUAUUGGAAUAAAAACAAUAAAUAGAAGCUAUUUAUUUUUUUUCAUCCAAUUUAAAUAAUUUAAUUUAAUAACCUCUUUUUUUUCUUUCUCUCUCUCACUCUCUGUCUCUUUGUGUGUGUGUGUGUGUCUCUCUCUCUCUCUCCUUCCUAAAUAUAUAUACUGUAUAUAUGUGUAUGUUAUAUUUAAAAGGUUUGAAGGUGAACAAUUUUUUAGAGCAUUCCUUCAUACUUCGUAUUUUUUAAAGGAAUAUAUAUAUGAUACAAUACGAAAAUCUCCUUUUGAAAUGUUAAUUUUUGCACUUAUUCUGAAACAAAUACGGUACAAUAGUAUAUUAUUUAUCAAUAUAAAAAAAACUCCCUCUGACCGCUCUCUAGUGCUAUUAUUUAUUUUAUUACAAAAUGUCUGAUAUCUAAAGACUAUGGCAUAUUACAAUUUAUACUUAAAUUUAGGAGGAAAUACUACAAACUUAUUAUACAUGCUAUAAGCUUUUACCAAUUAAUAACCUUUACGAAAUAAUUUACACUAACAAACCAAUAGAUGGCGUCUCUAUCGUGCCAUUAUAUUAUACUUUAAUAAUAUAGUUUCACGGGUACUUGAGAA